GGCGGAGGCUGAGCGGCGAGAGAGCGGCGCCUGGCCCGAGGCGGCGACGCGGGAGCAGGCUGAGGCGGCGGCCGGGACGAGCGCCCUGAGGUGGCGGCCGCGGCCCCAUGGGCGGGUGCGUGGGCGCCCAGCACGACUCUUCGGGCAGCCUCAACGAGAACUCGGACGGCACGGGAGUUGCUCUAGGUCGUAACCAGCCUUUGAAAAGGGAGAAACCAAAAUGGAAAAGUGACUAUCCCAUGACAGAUGGACAACUGCGCAGCAAGAGGGAUGAAUUCUGGGACACUGCACCAGCUUUUGAAGGCCGGAAAGAGAUCUGGGAUGCCUUGAAGGCUGCUGCACAUGCUUUUGAAAGCAAUGAUCAUGAACUGGCACAGGCAAUCAUUGACGGUGCAAACAUAACACUACCACACGGUGCACUGACAGAGUGCUACGAUGAGCUGGGGAACCGGUACCAGCUGCCAGUCUAUUGCCUGGCACCACCAAUCAACAUGAUAGAGGAAAAGAGUGACAUAGAGACUCUUGAUAUUCCUGAGCCACCUCCCAAUUCUGGACACGAAUCUCAGCUCCGUCUGCGGCUCUCCACAGGCAAAGACCUCAAGCUUGUGGUCCGCAGCACAGACACAGUGUUUCACAUGAAGAGGCGCUUACAUGCCACAGAGGGUGUGGAGCCAGGCAGCCAGCGAUGGUUCUUCUCUGGCAGGCCUCUCACUGAUAAGAUGAAGCUGGAGGAGCUGAAGAUCCCCAAGGACUAUGUGGUGCAGGUUAUAGUGAGCCAGCCUGUGCAAACCCCAACACCAGUGGAGAACUGAGCUGGGCUAGCCUUCUUCCAAGAUCCCUCGGCUCCUUUUUAUUGUCACCAUUUCUUACUCUAAGGCGUGAAAUGUAUUUUCACUGCUCUGAAUUCCCUAUGAAUGGAUUUAGUUCUGAGGAAUUACCAGUGAAAAAUUCCAUCUGUGAUGGAGACCAACAAAAAUAAUAAAACACACAGAGCCAGCCUCUGAUACUCUUAUAAUUACAAUUUCUAAUUUGAAAGACAGUUAAGAAAUAGAUAACCAUUUAUUUUAAAACAUUUAUCAACUGUGUAAUGGCUGUAUUUAAAUGAUCUCGAAUGUAAACAGACACCAGACCCAUCAAAAACAGCACCAAGCACCUUUUGGACACAGAAUUUUUUAUGACAUACAUGUCAAAUUAUUUUUUUCCAGAACCACCAAUAACAGUUACAAAA